AUGAUCUUGGGACUCAUUUCCCUAGACCCCAGACUGUACUCCCCCAUGUACUACUUCCUUUCUCAUCUGGCCAUCAUUGACAUAUCCUAUGCUUCCAGCAAUUUGCCCAGUUUGCUGGAAAACCUACUGAAACACAAAAAUACUAUCUCCUGUUUCUCAUGCACUAUGCAGACGCCUCAUUUUGAGUUUGGUUCUAUAGAGUGCCUGAUUUUGGUGGUGAUGUCCUAUGACAAGUCCGUGGCAGUCUGCCACCCCCUCCAGUACACUGGCAUCAUGAACUGGAGAUUGUGCAUGGUCCUAGCCAUCACUUCCUGGGCAUGUAGAUUUUCCCUGGCUCUAGUACAAGUAAUUCUCUUACUCUUCUGUGGGCCCCAGGAGUUGAACCACUUCUAUGAAAUUCGCUUUGUCCUCAAAUUGGCCUGUGGUGAAACCUGGAUCAACGAAAUAUUCCUCUUUGCUGAUGGUGUGUUUAUCUUAACUGUGCCCCUUUCCCUGAUGCUGGUCUCCUACGUGCGCAACCUGUGGGCCAUCCUGAAGAUCCAGUCAAAGAAGGGCCACAAGAAAGCCUUUUCCACCUGCUCCUCCCACCUCUGUGUGGUUGGGUUCUACUUUGGCAUCGCCAUGAUGGUUUAUAUGGUCGCCGACAAUAGUCAAUGAGAGGAGCAGCUGAAGAUCCUUUUCCUGUUUUACACUGUCUUCAACCCAUUGCUGAACCCCCUUGUCUACAGUUUAAGGAAUGUUCAAGUGAAGGCUGCCUUCCGCAGAGUAUUGCAGAAAAACCGGACAAUGUGA